UUUCUGCAGUUGUCGCACUUGGGUAAUGAGGAAACAGUCGAAGAGGUUCCUUUGUUCAUGUUCUCUGCCAAACUUCUCGUCACGAUUCUCGAUCAAUUUGUAAAUAAACAAGGGUGCGACUGACAUCUUUUUGAGAAGAGAUUUUAAUUGUGGAAAUGAAUCAAACUCAAUCGGUUAACGGCAAGAGGCCUGUUCAGGCAACCCGAUUUCGUGAUGAACGCACUCCCACAGCGCAACAAGAUGAGCUUAUUAGAUAUAUAUAUGAAUCCUGGAAUAAAGUCUCUAGAGAGGUGGAGCAUUACAGCCAAAAUGGAGCAGAAAAUGGCAAAGGAGGAGCAUUAGUUUAUUACUAUUGUGAUAAUGAACCAAAUCCCAUGCUUAAAGAUUUUCAACCUUUUGAUCUUGAAGACUGGUGUAGAAAGCGAUUGUCCUCCAACAGGACUCCACCCUCUACAUAGAUUUCUUUAAUUGUUGACGAUGCAUUCCUCUUUGCAUCUUGUGUCUCUCUUUUCUUCUUCACUGCCAGCAUUUCAUCACAAUUUGUAUUUGGAAUGAAAUCCACAGUUCUCUUUCUCUGAUUCCUCUUGCAAUGUAGUUGCUUUUGAUUUUACUCCAUUAGAGUAGAUGGUCCCAAUAUUUAAAAUGCAGUGUUUGGGUACCAUUUGUUGCAAGUUUUCUUGUUAAGAAAUUUGUUCUGUUUUAGAUUUUGAUACCAUGAAAUGGAAGAACAGCUUGAAUUUUUGUUUGCUGGUUACAGUUCUUUCACAGCAGCAUUUUCAUCUCCUCUUUGUUUAUUUGUGUGUGGUUUUUUUUUGUAAUUUGAUCAGUUUUGUAGUGUCAUUCUGAGACAAAUAUGUGUAUGUGAUGAAUAGAUCUUGGUGGAUUCUGUGUUCUAAAAAUUUAGAAUGUUAUCAAUUUAUUAGAUUUUUAAAAAUAAUAAUUCUGCAGUACAAUUACAUAAAUUCUUGAUACGUGCAUUAGUCUUUGCAGUAGUAUUGAUGAUUGAAGUUAUAAUUUUGUCUACAAUUCACAUAGAAUUGUAAUCUUGUGGAAGAAAUACUGUUCGCUGCUUUGAAUAUUGUCUAGGACCUUUUGUCAUUCCAUUCUUAGGUUAACACAUGAGAGCUUUUCUCAGUAUUUGGUCUUAUAGUGUCAUGAAAACAAAUUCAGUUCUCCUCUCUUUUUCUUUUAUGAUUUAACCAUUCCAUUACUGCAGUUAAUUUGUCAAGCUAAAAUAGCCUGCCUUAUUUUCUGAAAUUUAUCUGCUUCUUUUCGUAUAAUUUAAACCUGAAAGGUAUGCACUUAAUUUGGUUUGUGAGAAUAGUUCCCAACCGUGAGAUGAGAUUUACCUUCUGAUAGUGAUGUUUUAAGUACCUGUGGAUACAAUGAAUGAUAUUUGUUUUUCAUUACCUGUGGUGGUUUUCAAAUUAAUGUUUAAACCAGAUGAUUCUCUUUUCUGCAUUAAUGGAUCACCCUUAAAUCUGGUUCCUGGUUGCAUGCGUACAUAUCCCUUUAUGUACUAUGAUGAAAUGUAAGAAGCAAUUAAAUUUGCCUGAUUCUUUGGACAAGUGUUGUUUGUUAAGAUCAAUUCAUGAAAUAUUAUUUUCUUUCAUUUAAAAAAUUAAUGUUUAAGUCCUUGCAACUUACUCCUGAUUUGUUCCUUUUAUUUGUUGUUAUUUUCAGCCUUUUGAUAGAAAUAUUUCAUUGUGUUAUUGUUUGUCAGGGAUUUUUUGGACAUCCUUAACGUGCAUACUUUGUAUAUUUCAAUUGCGUCUAUUACAAUGAUUUCCCAUAGUAAGAUUCUAGAUCAUUGCACGCUUUUCUGCAGAGCACAUGAAUUUUCUUUUGUUUUAUUGUUACAUAUUCAUAAUCAUGGAUGAACCCCUUUUGUGUUCUAACUAUAUUGGCUUGUGCCAUGUGUGUGUGUCCCCCUCCCCCUGCCCUUAUAUUUGAUGAUAAGUUUUUCCAAGAGCAAGAGCAAGUUACCACCAUGUUCGAACUAUUCUUGAUCAUGUGAUAUGCAUGCACUUAAUUUUCUGACUAGGUUGUUUUUGACUUUCUCAUGUUAGAACAAUAAUAAUCAUUCAUUCAUAUUUCUCAUUUUCUUAAUUGUCUCUUAGGUACUCAAUUUCUCAUAAUAUCUUGUGGCUUCUUCCAUUUUAAAAAUCUUGUAUUCUGUAGACAAGCUUCAUUAAAGCAUUGUUUUGUAGUUUGUAGAUUUAACUGAGACCUCUUUCUCUUGUAGUAAGAGUUCUGUUGUGCGUUCUGGGCAAAAAACCUAUUGGCUAUAAAUGGAGGGAACACUCAUUCAUACUUACUUAUUUCAUAGUGUCAUGAAAGUAAUCGCUCUUACAGCAAUGGUGACCAUAUGCUCAUGAAACGGUCGCCAGUUCCGUCAUUCAAGCAAAUUUUUCAAAUGCACAGUUUAUGUUAAAAUUUUUACAUUGUCAAAAAAUGCAAACAUUCCUCACUGUUUACAUGGUUUUUGUAAGUAAUUAGCUGUCAGCUUGGUGAAUUAAAACUUAGUUCAAGAGUA